GAUCGGCUUAAGCGCGCUCAGUUACUGUGCAGGAGCUCUGGCGACCGGAACGCGCGCUGGUCCAGUGUCUGAGUGUCGGUGGAACGUUUGUUAAAAAGCUCGCGAGUGCUCCCACCCUCGUUGUCUGUCGAAUGCGUUUUGUGGGUCGCAAUAACGGAGGUGGAAUAAUAGUACGAAAAGGGAACGUAAAGAGAAACAAAAUAGUGCCAAACAGCAAGUGCGAACGCCGCACUGUGUCCGCGUGUGUACUCUUCUGACCCUUCGUGUGUGUGUGUGGUUUGCUGGUGUAUCGUGCUGCAAAAGGUGUACAGUGAAAAAACAAAAAAAUAAUUCGUUCUGAAAGAUCAACUCAAGGAUAAGGAGUUUCCUUCACCAUGCUACCUCUACUUUGCUUGGCACUCGUGCUGAGCACGCUAGUGCCAUCGUACGGAUUGCCGAACGGUGCGCCAACGUCGGUCUGCGACAACAUGCUGCCGUUCCACGGUGGAGGCAUCCCACCGCUCACCACCAAGACGCCGUUCCUGAUCACGCCCCAAACGUCGGUAGUCGGUAGCGGGCAGAUGCUCAAGAUCGAUAUCGAGUCCUUCCCCGCCAACAUUGUGUUCAAGGGCUACAUGAUACAGGCCCGUGCUGCCGACCCGCCGAACAACAUUGUCGGCCGGUUUGUCGACUCGGAUGCGAGCGCGAUCAAGCUGAUCGACUGUCAGGCCGGAGGAGAUACGGCCACACACACCAACACCAGCCCGAAGCAGGAGCUGACGCUUGAGUGGACCGCUCCGGACAACUUCGUUGGCGAUGUGAUCUUCAACGCUACGAUCGCGCAGGACUACGACAAGUUCUGGGUUGGCAUUCCGUCGGAGCGGGUGCGCGUGGUCGCUAGCUCGACGACGGUGGCGCCCGGUACGGCACCGACCAAGCGCCCGACCACGACGACAACAGUGCCACCUUACCGGCCGGCACAAACAGAAGCGCCGGUAGCGGCCGACCCGAUCUACGAGGAGUGCGGACAGAGCAAGGGAUGCUUCGGAUUUCCGGAGGGAUGCGUCGAUAGCAAGAACUGCCGGGCGGUGGUCACUAUCGCGGUGCUGGGAGCGCGUUACGUAUUUGAAAUGAAGGCAGGAUACAAUCGUCCUGCUUACGUUGCCUUCGGACUGUCCAGUGACGCCAAGAUGGGUGAAGACUCCGUGAUUGAAUGUGUUCCGGAACAGGGUACGGUAAACGCUUACGCCUCGUGGACCACGGUUGGUCCAUAUGGAUCCACACGUUUGGGAGUGCCGCAAAACAUCUUCCAAGUGCUGGAGAAGUCGUACAAUGAUGGUGUGAUUUACUGCAAAGUGGAACGCGACGCUGUCAGUACGGUCAAGGGCCAGAAGUUUGAUCUGCUGAACGAUAAGUUCCAUCUGCUGCUUGCUGCCGGAUCAUCGGUGGAAUCAACCAACGUCAACUAUCACGACAUCGGCCGUCACGUGUCGGGCAGCCCGCAGUCACUGGCGGAGGUUGGCCCGGUGCAGGGAUCUUCGAAGCUGUUGCUCCGCCUGCACGGUGCCUUCAUGAUCACCGCCUGGAUCGGAACGGCUUCGCUCGGCAUUCUUCUUGCCCGCUACUUCCGCCAGACCUGGGUUGGCAGUCAGAUGUGCGGCAAAGAUCAGUGGUUUGCGUGGCAUCGAUUCCUGAUGAUUGUCACGUGGGCCCUCACAGUCGCAGGUAUUGUGGUAAUUUUUGUUGAAAUCGGAGGCUGGUCGCAGGUUCGCAAUCCUCACGCCAUUCUCGGCAUCGUCACGACUGUACUGUGCUUCCUGCAACCCAUCGGUGCAUUCUUCCGGCCACAUCCGGGCUCGAGCAAGCGGCCCAUCUUCAACUGGCUGCACUGGCUGGGUGGAAAUCUGGCGCACGUGAUCGCGAUCGUUGCUAUCUUCUUUGCCGUACAGCUGCAGAAGGCGGAACUGCCCGAGUGGAUGGACUUUAUCCUUGUCGCGUUCGUCGCCUUCCACGUGUUUAUGCAUCUGAUUUUCUCCAUCUUCUCCUGGAUACAGAUCGGUGGUUGCGUGAGCGAGCGAAGAAGUGGCCAGCGUGUGACGUCCUUCCCAAUGGCCGAUAUGACUCCGUCGCGAAAUUCCAUGAGCUCCAGCGAACGGAAACAGGAUGCUGCUUUCUCGGGCUUCCGUAAGUCGAUGCUAUUCCUGUACAUACUGAUCGUGCUCGGACUGGUCAUUGCGAUGGUGGUGAUUGUCGUCCUAGCGCCGAUUGAAGCCGCUUACAACAGUAUCAAGGAUCAGAUUAUGAACUAAAGCGCAUGUCAUCGAAACGGUGAUGUAGCGCAUUAAUCUAAACGGUGCAAGUAACCCGGAAAGCAAAUGAGAGCGUCCAUCUUUUAACUGAUAAGUGAUGUAAAAAUGUGUACAUGUUGGAUGGUUUGUGUGCUAUCACUAUUCUAGAGAGCAAUUUCUAGCGGGUCAGUAGUGGAAAGAAAAAAAAAAACGCAAACAAUUCAAACCGCUCAAAAUGAAGCUAAUCGCUCGAUGCGAAUCACGUGACACAUAGCGCAUCGGUAGUAUUGACAGAAGUUGGAGCAACGAAGAGGUUAUGUUGCGCAGAUUUGAUAAUCGAUGUUGUAGAUAUCAGUUCCAUCUUUCUUCCCAUCAACUUUCCAUUGACGUCCUUGUUCUCCUUUGCCCAUUUCCCGUUUCCCCUAUUGUAAGUGGUACUUAUGAUCGUUUUUUCUGGAAAGUGUAUUAUUUGUCGAAAAGUGAACGAAGGGCAGAAGAUGAAGAAACAAAAAACUCAGACAGCGUCUAUUCAAUCCCACAGAAAAAAAAAAACUCAGCGAGCGAGAAAAACAACAACAGAAACACAAGCAUCGAAAGAGGAAAGAUCGUGCGUUUGGUACGCUCUCCCUUCGAUACUGAGAUGUUCAGAAUUAGGUGUGAAAUAUUUAUAACAGAAAAAAAGUAUAGCCAACCACAGGUAGAAAAACAAGCUGUGCCUUGUCGGCCGGGUGUGCCUUGAAAGCAAUGAGCAGUUGUAGCAUUUUUGUAAAAGUUUGCUUUGUGUAAGAUUAUUUCCGUCCGUCCUAGAUCAUUUCCGGGUGUAGCGAACCACUGGUCUGCACCAGUGAGUAUACACUGUUUAUGUUUGUAUUUUGUGCGCUAUUUGCAGUCGUUCAAUAAUUUCCACUUAUCAAUUUAUUUAAGCUUUCGCUGGUGCGUUUGCCUAGUGCCAGCAGCAGCAACAUACUAUUUAGCUUCAAAACAAAAACAUGCAAAACAAACGCAAAAACCAGUACUGUAUUAUGCACGACACAAAACGCUGCGCAUUCUGUUGAGGUAGGCUAACUUCUUAGAGCGUACUUAAGUUGAAACAUAAUAAAUGUUGCCAUUGCUAAAACGUUAA